AUGGAGACCUUAGAAAAAGAUAAGGAACACCCCAACCUCGAAUUCGAAGUCAUAAAUCGUACUGUCGAGCAAACCAACUCGAACAUCACAUAUGGUCUUAAUCUCCGUGGAAAGAAAGAUUUUCCGCCGGAUUUAGAAACAAAAGUCCAAAGAUCCAAAUCGAUUUCCUCGAUUGAUAAUCUGAUGUUGAACAAGUUGAGAAACGAUGAUGUUGAACAAGUUGAGAAACGAUUUGGAGAGGUUUUCCGUGGAAUAGUGGGGAUGGAAGAGUUUGAAGAUAUGUAUGUAGAGAACUUCACAUCUGAUUUUCUAAAAGGGUAUGGGUGGGUUGAAGGGAGAAGAAUUGGGAAGAAUGCCAAAGAAGAUGUUAAGGUAGUUGAGUACACCAAAUGGGAAAGAAGGGUUUGGGUUUGUGAAUGA